AUGUGCACCUGGGAUAUUCUUCCUUCUUCUACGAACCCCCAUCCUGCAAGCUACGCAAGAAGCCAUGCUGCGCUCGUUCGUACAUGCCGCCGACUAUACGAAGGACUAAACCGAGGUCUCUAUAUACGGAACUUGAAGGAAGAUCCUUUAACAGCGUCAUGUUUGCUAUGGGCAGUAAAUGUUGGCAACCUCGACACGGUCAAACGAGCUCAUAUGUAUGGAGCAGCCCUCGACAGCAGCAUCGAAGUAACUAAGGAAACUACGUACUGCCCUCCGUGGGGAGAAAUUGAACACGAUCCCGAAGAGCCGUUCUAUAACUUUCCAUACCAAUUCUCGUUUAUACAUGUCGCGAUACUGCGCAGGCACGUGGCCAUUGUCCAGUAUCUGCUAGACAACGGCGCUGAUGUCCACGCCCCGUCCUUGAACUUCUGUUGCGACGACGGAACAUACCACGGUGUCCCCUUGUUUCCACUGCAUCAAUGCCUCUUUCAUGAGGGUGUUGACGGAGAAACAUCUGCCAUUGAAUGGGAACCACAGGAAAACGAAUCCUCUUCUCUCAGUAAUAACUCAACGCAAGCUUUGGUCAAUCUUCUUGUGAGCAAGGGCGCCUACAUGAUCGCCAAGGACUUUUCUGCAGUCUCUCAUCUUUCCUCAGAAGGAUACGACCGCCUCGCCAAGCAGCUUCUUAAUCGUUCCGACAAGGUGUCACUCUGGGCCGGGCUGCAUUUUGCCGCUUCCACGAAUGACCUUCCACUUGCAACUGACCUUAUACAACGUGGUGCCGAUGCCGCAGCUACUGCCUAG